UGGUUUGAAGAAAAGGAACAAGUAUGUAUAACCAUUAUUUGUUUUAAAGUUUGUUAUAUGUGUAAUAUGUAUGAUUAAUUUGUUAAGCUUUUUAUUUUGUUUUUUAAUGUAUUUUUCAGGUUUAAAAAAUAUGAUGAUAAUUCUGUGGAGCCACCAAUUAAUUUCACUUUUGUUCAUAUUUCUGAGAAGGCUUGGUUUCAUAGCCUUUAUUUCUCUGGGCAAUUCGUUGACUCAUCGGUGAGAUUCUCGCUUUUUUAAUUUAUCUGGUUUUUCAUGUUGGAGUUCUUUUUUUUUUCUCUUUUUUUUUUUACAAGGUAAUAAGUCUGGUGAUCUAUUUUAUGUUAUAUAUUAUGAUGUUAUUGGGUACCCAGUUACCUUACUGUUUGCUUUGUUGUAGUUCAUUGGGUAACUGGUUACCCAAAUCAUAGUAGAUUUGUUUCUACCCAUAUCAUUUUAUAAUCAUGUAUUUUAUUUAUUAUGCAGCAUAUUGAUGUGAUGAUGUAUUACUUGAGGAGAAAGGUUAAAUUGUCUACAGAUUUGAAGAGAAGAGUAUCUACGACUGACACUUGUUUUGGGCAAAACAUAGUGUUUAUGUAUGAAGAUUUUAAGAAAAAAGGUAGUGGCGCAUUUAAAAUAGAUGAGAGAUGCGUUGCUUUGAAGAUAAUGAAGGGGGAAUCCAUGUUUUGUGCAACUCAUUGGAAUUUGCUUGAUGAUGUUGUCAUGCCUGUUAAUGUGAAUGGUCUUAUGCACUGGAUUUUGUUGCACUUUAAUGUACAGCAGAGAUCUCUUACGGUGUAUGAUUCAAUGUCUGGUGCAAAGCAUGAAAAUCAGACUUUACCUGUCGUUGAGGCAUUUGCUGUUUUGAUUCCUCUUCUUCUGGAGAUGAUUGAUUUCUAUGUUCGUAAAGAUAUUCAUCUUGAUGUUAGCCCGUAUGAUGUGGUAGAGAAUGAGGCUUUGAAGUUGAGCAUUGCUAAAGGCAUUCCUCAACAGACUGAUUGUGAUUGUGGUGUGUUCUGUACUUAUUUUGCUGAGCAAAUAAUUCUUGGGAAGGAGAAUGAGAUGCCUAAAAAUAUUGAUGUUCGCCUCCUUCGUAAAGACAUUGCUGUCAGCUUGUACUAUCAUGGAAAGAACAAAGAACUUGAGGGAUACUUAACUAGCGAUGAGUUCACUGAGAAGCUUCUGGAGAGGAGACAGAAAAGAAUGAAAAUUGCUGCAUAGGCUUUUAGUGAUAUUAUAUUUCUUUUGGUUUUUUAAUCUUUUCUACAACUGUAAUUAAAUGGUGAAUCAAUUUCUAGUUUAACAGUUAGCUUUUUUAAUUUUCUUCUUAUGUAAAACAUUGGGAUUCUUAAGGUCAUUUUAUAUAUACAUAUUAGUACAUCGUUUUGUUAAUUCUUUUGCUGUUAGCUUUUUGGAAGAAUAAUUUAGAGGGUAACCAGGUACCCAGGUUGUUUAUUUUCUAACAUACCAAGGGUAACUGGUUACUUAAUUGUUUUCUUUUUAAUUUUUUCCCCAUUGGUUUGUUGUUUGUUAAUUACAUUUAUUAAUAUAUAUUUUAGAUAACCCUUUAAAUUAGGUAGCUAGUUUUCUGUUUGUUUUUGUAUUUUUUUCCACUGUUUUAUGGAAUAACUUGAGGGAAACUAAUUCCUAGUUGGUCUGUUUAACUAAUUUUAAUGGUGAUAUUGGAGGGUAACUAGGUACUCAGGCUGUUUGUUUCAUAAUAUACCGAGGGUAACUGGUUACUUAAGUGUUUUUUUUUUUUUCCCCUAAGCUUGUCUUUUUUAAUAGUUAUGCAACCAGUUUAUUAUAUUAAUAUUAAAGUAACUUUAAUAUUAUAUAUAGACGAGUUUGUGAUAGAAGAAAGUAAAGGGUUUAAUUCUUUUUUUCUUUUUUUUUGGCUUUGAGAUUGUUAUAGUGGGGUAAUUUACCUUGUAUUGAAACUUCAGGGUAACCAGCUACCUAUAUCGUUGUUUUUGUUGUUAGUGAUUGUAGCAUUGAAAAAUAGAAGCAAACAAAUCCAAGAAAUUAUUUUGAAAGGAUUUUAUAAGUUUGCAUAACCAAUCAAUGUGUUUUAUUUUGAAACAAUCUUAUUAAAAUUCUGAAUGAUACUUGAUGAAUAUGAAAGUAUCUCUUUCAAUGAGGAAACCUAUGAAAGGUUUGUUUUUCUGUAGAAUGUGAAUCUAUGUCUUUGGCUUUUUCUGUUUAUUUGGCUUCUGAAAUGGAGGAUUCCUGCAAGUCUUCCUGUUAUGUCCUGGUUGUGCACAUUUC